AUGAGAGUACAGUCUACUACCCACGAAGAAAGCCUCAUCGUCGGGUCGAAGGAUGAUCCUAUAUGUGUGGGGGACUCCGAAUCCGAUGAUUCAGACGACACGUCUAGCAACAGUGAAGACCAAGACAAGCACACCGAAGAACCUGGCCAGCGUGUAGACUCCCAGGAUGUCGAUCAAGUGGACUUGAGCGAUGAUGACAUUUCCUCGGCAUCCCAACAAAACGUCCCAUCAUCUAAACCUCCGCCGCGGCCUGCCAUUCGGGUGAGGCCACCGGAAGAUGACAUUAUAGUUCCGGACAACGGCACUGUCUUUAUCCAUCCUGUUGGGAAGCAUGUUCUGAAACCAGGGACGGUCUUACCUCGACCAGAACCGAUGAAGGGGAUGCUUCGCUAUAAGCACAUGUACAGGCUGCGAGAGGAGCCCGACAUAACGCCCGCGCAAGUCGAAUACAUCGCAGCCUUUGACGAAGUGGUGGAUGACCACGAUAUCAACGCGCGAACCUACUUCCCUGCCGCCUGGAGGGACUUUGUGGCGCGGAAAAGGGAGUGGAUCAGUGAACGACAGCACCGUGUCGACGAAUUCGAGAAGCAGAAGGACUUUUUACUGCGAGUCGGGUUCCUUCAACAGGAGGAUGUUGACGGCAUCGAGCCGAUGGUCACAGCACGAGGCAAACGCGUCGAGGAGGAUCCACCGCCUGUGCGACCACAGACCAGGUCAACCCGAAGCGGCUGUGGCGUCUGCCAUAAACCGGUGACUGUGGCCCGAGCUGAGCAGCGACACGAGGGUCCCAAGCAAUUUCACAUUGCGUGCGUAUUGCCACCGAGGAUCACUAUCCAGCAGAAGAAGACAUUUUUCCAAGAUAAAAAGACAUACAAAUGCGAUGCGUGCAAGGCUUGA